UCAAAAGAUCAGAAGUAAUAAUCACCUUCAAACUGCAUCCAAUCGCACAAUGUCCAUCACCUCCACAAACUUAGACGGAAUCUUGCCUUUGAUUGCUAAGGGUAAGGUUAGAGAUAUUUAUGAAGUUGACCCUUCAAGCUUACUUUUUGUCGCAACCGAUAGAAUAUCAGCAUACGAUGUUAUCAUGGAAAACGGCAUCAAAGACAAGGGUAAGCUCUUGACCCAGAUUUCCAUUUUCUGGUUUGAUUUCCUCAAAGAUAACAUCAAGAAUCACUUAAUUGCAUCUACAGAUGAAGAGAUCUUUGCCAAAUUACCAAAGGAGUUAUCCGAACCAAAAUAUAAGAACCAGUUGAAAGGAAGGUCGUUGCUAGUUAGAAAGCACAAGCUUAUUCCAUUGGAAGCAAUUGUGAGAGGCUACAUCACUGGGUCUGCAUGGAAGGAGUAUCAAAAAUCAGGAACUGUGCACGGAUUGCCAGCACCUGAAGGUUUACUUGAGUCAGAAGUUCUUCCAACUCCUAUAUUUACCCCAUCCACAAAAGCUGAACAAGGUGAACAUGAUGAAAAUAUUUCUCCAGCUCAAGCUGCCAAAAUAGUUGGAGAAGAUGUUUGCGAAAAAGUUUCCGAGAAGGCUAUUGAACUCUACACCAAGGCCAGAGACUAUGCCAAGACAAGGGGAAUCAUAUUAGCAGACACCAAGUUUGAAUUUGGUAUUACUGAUGAUGGCGAGCUAGUUUUGGUUGACGAGGUAUUGACUCCUGACUCAUCAAGAUUCUGGAAUGCAAAAACAUACGUUGUUGGUAAAUCUCAAGAAUCUUACGACAAACAGUUCUUGAGAGACUGGUUGACAUCCAAUGGUUUGAACGGCAAAGAUGGUGUCUCUGUACCUGAUGAAAUUGUUGAACAAACUUCUGCUAAAUAUGCUGAAGCUGUUGAUGCAUUGACUAGACGGUGAAGAACUAGAUCUUAUUUUUAUAAAAGUAUGAUAUAUACUUUGCCAGUGGACUUGGGCCUACUUAUUUCUGUAGCUUUUUGUAACCAAAGUAUCUCCUGAGCUUUCACGGUGAUUGCCAUCUUAGACGCAUAACCGAAA